AUGGAAAACUACCUAGUACGUUUCUCGAUAGGUGACAGUCGGGAGGGAACGUCAACUCUUCCACAUAGCGGGCCCGCCUACUACGAGUCUCUGGGCGUAUUCCCCAACUCCUCCAAAGUGGUUGUAGACGUCAAUCUAGGUAAUAACACCAUCCAGUUCGCCCGUGACGAGAUCCAGGCCGCCAUCAAGUACGUCGGGUGGGACAGGAUCCGGGCCCUGGAACUGGGAAAUGAGCCAGACCACUUCGCCGGGGGCUCGCGCCCGAGCACCUGGUCUUCCUCGGACUAUACCGCCCAAUUUCUCGGAUGGACGUCCGUGCUUUCACGCAACCUCUCGCUCCCGAAGGACAUCUUCCAGGCAUGCAGCUUCGCGGAAGACCCCACGCCCAAAGCCCCGAUGACCACCGUGUCCACCAUCGAAGAGGGGAUAGACACCACGGGAGUCAUCAAGAUCUUCUCGCAGCAUACAUAUCAAUACUCUACGUGCGAUCCGGCCAGGAACGCGAUUGCUACCCUGCCUAACCUGAUUAACCAUGGGAAUAUCACCGCAUACUUGGACCUCUGGAGGCCCCAAAUUGCAGCGGCCCACUCCGUGGGCAAGGAAUUCGUCGUGGGGGAGUACAGCUCGGUCUCCUGCUCUGGGAAGCAGAACGUCACGGACACCUUUGGUCAGGCGCUGUGGCUGGCUGACACGGUGUUGUACGGAGCUUUCUUGAAUAUCUCGAGGAUGUACCUCCACCAGGGCGCUACACUGGUGCUGCAGAGCAGUCAGCAGGCCAACUCUCCGGGUUUCUCGUGGUACGACCUCUGGUAUCCAGUGGAGUCAGACAGAUACGGCGCCCCGCGCGCGAGCCCCUCCUUCGUCGCCUACCUGCUCAUCACGGAAGCAGUCGGCCCCUCGGGCAAAUCGCAGCUCUCGCUCAUCCCGACGCCGUCCUACCCCGAGCUCGCGGUCUACGCCAUCUGGGACGGCGCCGCGCUCGCGCGCAUCGCGGUGCUCAACCUCGCGAUCCGGAACGCGACCGCGACGGAGGAGCAGAAGGGCGCGGCGGCGGUGACGCUGGAUUUGGGCGGGUACGUGAAGGAGGGGUGCGAGGCGAGGGUGAAGAGGAUGACGGCGCCCGGACUGGACUCGAAGGAUAGUACUGCGGUUACGUGGGCGGGGCAGAGCUAUGCGAACGGCACUGCGAGCGGGGAGGAGGUUGUAGAGACGCUGCAGAAGGGCGUGGUGACGGUGCAGGGGAGCGAAGGCGUUCUAGUACUUUUGUGA